UGGACGGGGGUGUUGUGUGCGCAUAACUCUACUCGGCUGCAGCUUUAAGACAGCAUGCAUGCCGCGAUGAUGCCCGCAGUCCUGAACUUGUUCUGAGGUGCUGAGAACGCGUCAAUUCAUCAAUCAUAAUUACAUUUUUGACCUGUUAGACUCAAGCAGGCUUUACACUCAACGCACAUUUCACGUUUGAAGCUCCCGGAAGCACAGGCUCUACUCUAAUACCAAGGGGUGUCGCAUGAUCCACAAGGUGGGAAGGGGGAGCAAGGAGAACGGCCCGCACUUUGGCAGAGGGAUGCCGCGCCAGAGACGCAGGCAACGGAACAGGCAAAUCAUCUGAAUCACCGCUGGCUGGACUUCUUUCAGAGGAGUGCCAAAAAACACAUGACUGAAUAUACAGCGGAUAACUUACAAAGCCGCAGCAGUACAUUGUGGGAGGCGGGUCUUGGAGGAAAAUACUUUCAAAUAAAGCCUAUUACAGCAGUACCAUGGGCUGAUUCUCGUAGAUCCGAAGGAGUUGAAUAACAAAACAAACACAAAUGAAGAGGAACAGGACCCGGUAGCAUUCUAGCAGAUAACGGUUUGCAUGGUGCACUAGACAGCUGAUUUUUCGGGUGGAGAGUGCCUGCGUUUUAUGCAGUUGAAACCACACGAAUGAAUGCUGUACUUGGAUACAUAGGGAGAUAGCGGCUGAGGAGCCAUGGCAGCCAGUGGAGAUCUUUGGUUGCCACGGGUGACAGUAUGUCACGAGUACCUGGGCAGCAGGGUCUUCCGAGUGCCUGGGGCCACAGCCGUGGGCCACAUCAAGGAGCUGGUCACCGAGGAGACGGGCCUGCCUGUGUCGGAGCAGCGCCUGCUGCAGGACGGGCGGCCGCUUCGUGAUGGAGUUUUAGUGGGAGAUCUGGUGUCUGCAGGAUGUCCGGACGUAUCUCUUACGCUGACAGGAAGUGGGCUGAAGGGUGGGGGGAGGUUUGGCCAGUCUACUCCUCCCCUGGUGGAGUUCCUGAAGGAUAUUCUUAGACGGUACCCAGAAGGAGGUCAGAUUUUGAAAGAGCUGAUUCAGAAUGCAGAGGAUGCUGGAGCUACGGAGGUCAGGUUCAUGUACGACGAGACGGAGUAUGGGGUGGAGUCGCUAUGGUCACCAGAUAUGGCGCAGUAUCAAGGAACGGCUUUGUAUGUGUACAACGAUGCAGUGUUUACGGAAGAGGACUGGCAUGGCAUUCAGGAGAUUGCGAGGAGCAGGAAAAGAGAGGAUCCAUUGAAAGUUGGACGGUUUGGCAUAGGGUUCAACUCUGUAUACCACAUAACAGAUGUCCCAAGCAUCUUCAGCGGAGAUCAGAUCGGCAUGUUGGACCCUCACCAGACCUUGUUUGGAGCCCAUGAGACCGGCCAGUGCUGGAACCUGAAGUCGGACAUAAAGGAGAUCACGGAGCUGAACGACCAGUUCGCUCCUUACUUCGGCUUAUUCGGGAGCGCGGAGAAGACACUCCAGGACGGCAACUUCCCGGGAACGCUCUUCCGCUUCCCGCUCCGGGUCAAGCCCACGCAGCUCAACAGCAAUGUCUACAACAAGGAGAAGGUUCUGGAGCUGUUUGAGUCGUUUAAGGCCGACGUGGACACGGUGCUGCUGUUCCUCAAGAGCGUGCGGAAGGUGUCGCUGCACGUGCGGGAGCCUGACGGCACGGAGAGGACGCUCUUCCAGGUCACGUCAGAUGAGGAGGACGCGGACAUGAAGCUGGAGCGGCCCAACUCGCUGAAGACCCUCGGCCAUGCCAUAGACAGGUACAGCAACGGCGUCCUGAGCGACGAGGUCACCUGCGCCACCUACCAGGUGGACAUCCAGGUGCAGGACCAUUCGGCGCAGGAGACGCAGAGCACCAGCUGGUUGGUGUGCAACGGGGUCGGAGGUCGCGGCAUGUGCGCCGACCUCGACUCGCUGGCCGACGACCUCAAGUUCAACCCCACCAUUGGCAUCGCUCUGCCGCUCACGCCCACCACCGAUGAAGACGAGGAGGAAGGUGCGGCGUCCAGCUUCGAAGGAAGGGCCUUCUGCUUCCUGCCCCUGCCGCUGGGGGACGAGAGCCUGACGGGGCUGCCGGUGCACGUCAGCGGCUUCUUCGGCCUCACCGACAACCGCCGGAGCAUCAAGUGGCGGGAGGUGGACCAGUGGCGCGACCCGGCUGCGCUGUGGAACGAGCUGCUCAUCGUGACCGUCAUUCCGCGCGCCUACUUCGCCCUCAUCACGGAGGCCGCGCGCAGGAUCCAGGCCAGGAAGGACCAGGACUUCCCGCUGUCGCCGCGCGGCACCUACGCGGCGUGGCCGGACCCGGCGAGGACGCGCUUGCGCUGGAAGCCCAUUCUUGAGCCGCUGUACCGCGACCUGCUCCAGCAGCCGGUGAUCUACUCGCUGGGCCAGAGCUGGGUGCGGCCGGACGAGGCCGUCUUCUCCGAGCUGGACCCCGAGGACGACUGGACGACCACCGUCACCAAAUACCUCCAGAGCUCAGGGAUGCACCUGGCCCAGGUGCCCGCCACCGUGGACUCCGUCCUGACCGCCUACGUCAGCAAGCCGGGCGGGGUGGGCAAGGUGACGCCAGCGUUCGUGCGGCAGGUGCUGAGGAAGAGCAAACACAAGGGUCCCUCUCAGGAGAAGCUCCAGCUGCUGGAGUUCGUGCUCAGCGACGCCUGCUACGGCGAUCUUAUCGGCCUGGAGCUGCUGCCGCUGCAGGCUGACACCUUCAUUGCUUUCUCAUCCUCCGUCAGCGAGAAGGAUGCAGUCUAUAUCGCCUCGGACGAGUACGCAAGGUGUCUGUACCCUGGCCUGGAGGGAAGGUUUGUGUUGGAGAGCAUCCACCCCCGGGUGAUGGACAGGCUCUGGGAAGCAGCCAGAAGCAGAGGGAGGCCGUGUACUCAGGUCCAAGUGCUUACGCCUGAACGAUCAGCACGACUCAUAAAAGAAAUCCUGACAACGGCCUGGCCCUCCAGAGACUUCUCUGUUCCUUGGACCCCUGGAAAUCAAGAGAAGAAACACCCAACGUGCGCCUGGCUUAAGAUGAUUUGGAAGCACCUUUACAUUAACUUUGCAGAUGACCUUAGUAUGUUUGAAGAUAUGCCUUUGAUCCCGAAUGUGCCACUUGACGAAAUGGGAGGUUCUUUAGAGCUGCUGCGUCUCAAAACUCCAUCUCCCAUAAUUCUCAUGAACGAGGAGGAGGGCCCUCUUCCUGAAUGCCUUCUUGAGGUCAUGAGAAAGACUGGCGGAGUCGUUUUGAAAAAACUGGAUCCGUGCCUACAGCAUCCACUGUUGAAAACCUACAUACAUCCUUCAUCUCCCAGCUCACUACUACAGAUCAUGGACAGGUCGUCUACCCAGAGAUUGACCAGUCAGGUGUCUUCCCUCACAGCGAAACAAAAGACAGCCUUGAGAAGUUUCUUAGCCGGACUGUCUGAGGUUACAGACAAAGAGAGGCGGAUUAUCCUGGAGCUGCCCAUCUUUGAGCGAGUCGGGAUGGCCAUGACCAAAAGCAGCCGCACGUUCACCUCCCUGAGAGGGGCCAGAGCGAUACACCACUCAGCCAAAUACCCCUCAGAUGUGAAGCUGUCAAUCAACGUGGUGGACAGCAGCGAUGAGGCUACCAUCCGCCUGGUGAAGAUGCUGAAUGUAGAACAGGUGACGAGCACUGAAUGCCUCAAGGUGAUCGUCCAGGACUUCGAGAAGGGAUUCUACACCAAAGAGGAAGUCAACAAAAUCAUGCAGUGGGCUCUGACUCACCUGUCUUUCCUGAAGAAUGAAAACAAAGCAGUGAUUGGCUGGCUGUCCUCCUUGAAGUUUAUCCAAACCACCCCGACAGCAAAACCCGUCGCAGCCCCAGAUCUCUUCGACCCCGAGCUCGAGAUUCUUCAGGAACUGUUCUACAUGGAGGAGAAGAGCAGGUUUCCCCCUAACACAUACACCUCAUCCCCCGAUAUCCUCCACUCCCUGAGGCAGCUGGGCCUGAAGAACGAAGUGCAGCUGACGGAGAAAGACGUUCUUCAGGUAGCUCAGAAAAUCGAGGAACUGCAGGGGAAGAGCAAACCCGAGUGGGAUCCCCUCCUGAGGAAAGCGACAACACUACUGACGAUACUGAACAAACAGACCAAACUCGUAAAGUCCUCGGAGGCUCAGGCAGCCCUCCAGAAACUGAAAUGGGUCCCCGUGUGUAAAGACAGACCUCUGAAUUACCCUAAAUCUCUCGCUUGGAGGGGAGAUGCCUGUAGCAUCGACUCCUUUUCAGAAAUGGCUGAUGUUUCUCAUGCUGUGCUCGUAGGAUCCUCUGUGGCUCUGGUGGAACGUACCUCCGCAGGCAUGAAGAAAGCAUUGAAGUUAUCCAUCGACCCCCAAGUUGAUCAAGUGCUUCAGCACUUAAAAGCUGUGAAUGACUGGCACAGAUCUCAGGAAUUCACAACAGACGACUGGUACCAGUUUCAGCAGAUUUUGUGUGAGAUUUAUGACUUUAUGCAAACACAUUUAGAGGAUGCAAGAGAAGCAAUGAAGUCACUGCCUUUUGAUUGGGUGUGGACAGGCAAAGCGUUCUCAUCCCCUGGUCAUACAGUGCUCAAGCCCCUCCGAGACCUUGACCUGCAGCCCUACCUAUACUCGUUGCCAAAAACCAUUGCAAAGUUUCACAAACUCUUCCAGUUCUGUGGCUCGGUAGAAGAAGUAGUCCCCAGUCAUGUGUUUGAAGUGGUGAGAACAAUCAGGGAGAGGUGUGAAGAGGACAUGACGAAGCACGACAGCAGACAUAACCUCCUUCUUAUGAUCAACAUACUGCGCUGGCUGUACAAUAGCCAAAUAUCAGUCGAUGCCGACAUGCACGUUCCCAUCUUAAACUACAAAGAGCCGAGCAAGCUGGUCAUGAAGCCUAUUCAUGAGUGCACCUACUGUGACAUUAAGGUCGAUGACUUGAAUGAUUUACUUGAGGACGGGUCGGAGCCCAUUAUCCUAGUGCAUGAUGAUAUCCCCAUGAAGACUGCUGAAUGGUUGAAAGUGCCAUGCCUGAGCACCCGAUUAAUAAACCCUGAAAAUCUUGGCUUUGAACAGUCUGGCCAAAGAGAGCCUCUCACGGUGAGAAUAAAGAACAUUCUAGAAGAGUAUCCUUCCGUUUCAGACAUUUUCAAGGAGCUUCUUCAGAAUGCCGACGAUGCAAACGCCACUGAGUGCAGCUUCCUGAUUGACAUGCGAAAGAAUCUGGACAUACGAGAGAACCUUCUAGACCCAGGCAUGAUCAUCUGCCAUGGCCCUGCACUGUGGUCGUUCAACAACUCUGUAUUCUCAGACACUGACUUCCUGAACAUCACCCGAUUGGGCGGGUCAAUGAAAAGGUGCGAGGCUGACAAGGUUGGCAAAUUCGGCCUUGGGUUCAACUCAGUGUAUCACGUGACCGACAUACCCAUUAUUCUGAGCAGAGAAUUCAUGAUCAUGUUCGACCCUAACAUCAACCACAUCAGCAAACACAUCCGAGACAAAUCAAACCCUGGAAUUAAAAUCAACUGGAGCAAACAGCAAAAACGGCUGAGGAAGUUCCCUAAUCAAUUCAAACCUUUCAUCAAUGUCUUCAACUGUCUGCUUCCACUUUCUGAAGAAUCUCCUUACAAAUACAAUGGCACCCUCUUCAGACUCCCUUUCAGGACAGAGCACGAAGCAUCCCAGAGUGAAAUCAGCGGGAUCUACUACAACACCACAGACAUAUACUCACUUGUCGAUGAGUUUAGCAUCUGUGGCCACCGGCUUAUCAUCUUCACGCAACAUGUUGGCACCAUGGUUCUUAAGUAUAUGAAGUCUGAGGAAUCAAAUCCUGCUGCAGCACAGGACGUGGUGACCAUCAACAAAAGCGUUUGGUCAUCUAAGGCAUCGUAUGGGCCACUGAGCAUUCUUAAGUCUGCAGCAAAGGUCAUGAAGAAGGUGGCAAGUACCAACAGGGUUCCUGCAGACGUCCCUAAGUCUGGCUGCAUCAUAAGGAUUGUGGUGGAGGAGUAUCAUAACGUGUUCAGGCGCAUCGUUGAUCUCCAUUCUCCUCUGUUCAGAGGCUCCGAGGAAGAUCCGUCCUCAUACUUUGAGCUGGCAGCCAAGGGCAUUCAAACCAGACGACUCACGGAUGAAAUGCCUCAGAAAGGGGUGGAGGUGUCGAGCUGGCUCAUCUGUUCUGGCAUGGAUGUCACCGAAGCCCUGAAGUUCUCCCUGAGUGAAAGUGGCAGGCGGCUCGGGCUAGUGCCUUGUGGGGGUGUGGCAGUGUUGCUCACAGAGGAAGAGAAUCGCAAAUGGACAGUUAAGACGAGCCCAGCGCAGAUCGGAGAGGUGUUCUGCUACUUACCUCUCCGCAUUAAAACUGGCCUCCCAGUACACAUCAAUGGAUGCUUUGCCGUCACAUCCAACCGGAAGGAGAUUUGGAAAACGGAUACCAAAGGGCAGUGGAACUCCAUCUUCAUGAGACAUGUGAUUGUCAAAGCAUACCUGGCAGCACUGAACAUGCUACGCAUCAUGGCUGAAAAUGGAGAGCUGCUCGAUUACAAUUACUACGCUACCUGGCCUGACCCUGGGGCUGUUCAUGAUGACUUCACACUGAUUAGCCAGGGGGUGUAUCAAGAAAUCGCAAAAGGGGACGACAGUGACAGUGCCAAAGUCUUCUCGGAUGGCAAAAUGUGGGUGUCGAUUAAGUACGUCAGGUUUCUUGAUGACACUUUACUCAGCAGGCCUGACAUCGGACCGGCUGCCUUCAAGAUAUUCCUGAAGUACCUGAAGAAGUGCGGCUCUCAAGACCUGUGUGCUGUGGAGUUGCCUGACUGGGUCAAAGAAGGCUUUGAGGAUGCUGGGUGCAAGGGGAAGCUGAUGGAGAACACCCUGACAGAGAAGCAGUUUUUCUCCGAUGUGUUUUUCCCCCACAUUGAAGACAUCGACCAAGAGCUCCGAGACCCUCUAAUGCAUUACGUCCUAAACGACAAACUGGAGGAGUUUUCAUCCCUACUCAGAGAGACGCCAUGCAUCCCAUGCUGUGGUCCGUUUCAGAAGCUGGUUUUGCCAUCUCGACUUAUUCAUCCAGAGGGUCGAGUAGCUAAGCUCUACGACGCACAUGAUGGACGCUUUCCAGAGGGAACAGCGAAGGACUACUUGAACCCUGUGUGCCUCGUGAAGCUGGUACAGCUUGGCAUGGUGAAGGAUGACCUGUCUUGGGAGGACAUAGUAGAGCGUGCCGACUCUGUUCUCGCUCUAAAUGAAAGUGAUCACUUAGCUGCCUGUCAAAGGAGUAGCAUCCUACUAAGCCUUGUCGACGAGAAGCUGAAAGCGAUAUAUUCACGAUCAAAGGAGCACCUGGAGAAGUUGAAAAACAUCAAGUUCCUCCCUUUCUUGACUAAACCGGCUGGGUUUUCUCUGCCUUGGCACGGGAAUAACUUUCCUCCGUCAACUAUGUUUGCUGCCACAGAGCUAUUCAUCACAGACCACCAAGACACUGUCUGCUUGAUGAAGCCAAUUCUGAAUGAGAACUCACCAUCAUUCAAAGGCUGUGGUCCGAUCACACUGGCAGUGAAAGACUCCCUUGGACUCAUUAAAAAGCCACCCAUUGAACUGGUCAUCAGUCAACUAAAAGAAUUGUCAAAGUCCUUUGAUGGGGUCACAUUGUACCAAGAGAACAUAACAAACGCCUGCUACAAGUAUCUACAUGAGGAGAUGAUGCAGGACAGCUCUGCAAAAGAAGAAAUCAUGAAGGAGUUGAAAACUUUCUGCUCGAUACUGGUGGAGAACACCUAUGUGGUUCCGUCAAAAGUAGCCUUCCAGCUGAACUUCGAUGCUGCGCCAUACCUUUAUCAGCUGCCCAACAAGUACAGAAACAGCUGCCGUGAGCUCUUUGAGAACGUUGGAGUGCAGCCGAGUUUUACUGUUGAAAACUUUUCAGCAGUCCUUCAGCUGAUAAAACAAGAGUGUGGGAGAGGACCUCUCACGGAAGAUAACUUUCAGCUCUCCAGAAGAAUCAUCAGUGAGGGUAUAUGGGGCUUGAUCAGAGACAAAAACCAAGAGUUCUGCCAAAGUACAUAUGGAGAGAUCCUUCUACCUGAUAGUCAUAUUACUCUUCAGCCAUCAAAGUCCCUGUGCUACAAUGACUGUCCCUGGAUUAAAGUUAGGGAUACGUCCGUGAAAUAUUGCCAUGGUGACAUUCCAAGAGAGGUGGCUGUGAAAUUAGGAGCUGUUCCAAAAAGACACAAAGCUUUGGAAAGAUAUGCGUCUAACAUUUGCUUUACUACCCUUGGAAGUGAGUUUGGACAGAAAGAGAAAUUGACGAGCAGAAUAAAAAGCAUUCUUAAUGCCUACCCAUCAGAGAAGGAGAUGUUGAAAGAGCUCUUACAGAAUGCAGACGAUGCCAAAGCAACACAGAUUUACUUUGUGUUUGAUCCGAGGACCCACCCGACUGACAGAAUAUUUGAUGACAAAUGGGUCCCAAUGCAAGGGCCCGCACUUUGCGUUUACAACAACCAGCCAUUUACUGAGGAUGAUGUCAGGGGAAUUCAAAAUCUGGGGAGAGGUACGAAGGAAGCCAAUCCUGGCAAAACUGGACAGUAUGGAAUUGGCUUUAACUCCGUCUAUCACAUCACAGACUGUCCCUCGUUCAUCUCAAACAAUGACAUUCUCUGCAUCUUUGAUCCCCAUGCCAGAUAUGCACCUGGAGCCACGUCUGUCAGUCCCGGAAGAAUGUUCCGAGAUUUAGACUCUGACUUCAGAUCUCAGUUCUCAGAUGUCCUGGAUCUGUACUUGGGAAAUCACUUUAAGAUGGAACGCUCCACUAUGUUCCGGUUCCCCAUCCGCUCGUCCGAGAUGGCAAGAAUCUCAGAGAUCAGCUCCGUGCCUGCCUCGGAUCGCAUGGUGCAGAAUCUCCUGGAAAAACUCAGGACCGACGGAGCAGAACUUCUCAUGUUUCUGAACCACAUGGAGAAGAUAUCCAUCUGUGAAAUAGAGAACGGCACAGGCGAGCUGAAAGUCCUGUACUCCGUGACAGCUAAAAUCACAGACGGCGAUCGACUGAAGCGAAAGCAGUUCCACGCUUCCGUGAUAGACAGCGUGACGAAGAAAAAGCAGCUAAGCCAAAUUCCUGUCCAGCAGAUAACGUACUCGAUGGACAUAGAGGACUCCGACGGGAACCUAACCACUUGGCUGAUCUGCAAUCGAUCUGGUUUCUCCAAUAUGGAGAUCGUCUCAAAAAGUGUAGUGUCAGCCCACAAAAACGAAGACAUAACUCUCUUUCCUCGUGGAGGCGUGGCAGCGUGCAUCAGCCAUAACUACAAGAAACCACACAGGGCCUUUUGUUUUCUUCCCCUCUCCCUGGAGACUGGCCUGCCGUUUCACGUCAAUGGCCACUUUGCACUGGACUCUGCCAGACGAAAUCUGUGGAGGGAUGACAAUGGCGUAGGGGUGAGGAGUGACUGGAACAACAACCUCAUGACAUCACUGAUAGCACCGGCUUAUGUAGAGCUGUUGAUUCAGCUAAAAAGGCGAUCCUUCCCUGGUCCUGAUCCAACUAUGACCAUUCUACAGAGCAUCCCGAUCCAUACUGUGAAAGACAUCCUGAGAAAGUUCCUGUUUUUCUUUCCUGUGAACAGGGUUGACAUCCAACCUGAUUGGUACUGCCUCGUAAAAGCGAUCUACAAUUGUAUUCAUGCAGAUCUGAAGAGACUGUUUCCUGUCGUCAGGGCACCCCACAUUGACAACGCAGACAUGCAUUCGGCAGUGUUCGUCUGCUGGGUCAACACGUCAACGUCAAGUAAGGGCAGAGCGUUCUUUGACAAUCUUCUUCAAGAUGAGUUGCAGCACCUCAAGAAUACAGAGUACAAUGUCAUGAGUCGUAAAAGUGUCGCAGACAAUAUCUACAGACUGAAGUCCAUGCUUUUGGACGUUGGCUUCAAUUUAGUCUACAGCUGUGAUGAAACGGCAAGCCUGUAUCUCUGCCUGGAGGAUGCUGGGAUUCCAGUGACCUACGUCACACCGGAGGAUGUUCGUAAUUUCCUGUUGACGUUCUCGUCCCCAGACACCUCUUGCCAGGUGGGAAAGCUCCCCUGUCGCUUACAGCAGUCCAACUUCAAGCUCUUUCACAGCCUAAAGCUCCUGGUGGAUUACUGCUUCAAAGACGUGGAGGAGAAUGACAUCAGCAUAGAGGGCCUUCCUCUGCUCAUCACAAUGGACAACAUACUUCAAGUGUUCGAUUCCAAACGACCAAAGUUUCUCACGCCACACCAUGAACUAAUCUCAUCCAGGAAGGAGCUGUUCAUGAACACACUGUACAUGAGAUAUAGUAACAUCCUGCACAAGGCGGGUGUAGCAAAGGCCUUUGAUAUCAACAGCUUCGCAGAGCUUCUAGGGUCUGUUCUUCCACGGGAAUACCGAACCAAGAUGGCUGUCCGAUGGAAAGAAAACUAUGCCAGUGAGUCAUGGUUGAAAAGUAUGUGGCACUUCAUCAGUGAACACACAACCCAGAGAGAGGAGCAGACAGACAUCAAGCCAAAAUUCGAGACAGUCUUGGACAUUCUCAAAGAGUGGGCCUUGUUACCAGGUAUUAAGUUCAUGGUAUCAAGCAGCAAGCUGGUUGUGCCUGAGCACGAUGUCUUGCUCCCCCUCAGUCUAAUCUAUGCAGCCAUCUUUCCCAAUGGUCAGAACGACAAAGUCUUUCACACACUAAUGAGAGCAGGAUGCAUUCAACUUGCUGUGAACAAGAUAUGCGCCAAGGAGAACCCAAUCUUGCCACUGUUGGCCCAACAUUGUGCAAACAUUGACAACCCUUGCAGCAUCCUGCAGGCCCUGGAAUACAUGAUCCAAACAUCAGCUUUCAAAACAAGCAGCCUAACUGACAAAGACUUUGAGUCACUUUUGCUGUACUUCAACUGUAACUUGACCAACCUCUCCCAAGAUGAUGUGCAAAAUCUAAAGUUACUGCCCUGCUACAAGGCAGUUAGUGGUCGAUACCUAAGCAUUGCAAACUUUGCGUCAUGCUAUGUUCUCACGACAACCAUUCCCUCUGCUGACAUGGAUAAAUGGGCCCACACCACAUCUUCUGUCUUCCUGGUUGACAACAUGCAGCUGAAAGAACUCUACAGUUUCCUUGGGUGCACCCCAAUUGAUGAUCUUGAGGUCUACCUUAAGCAUCUUCUUCCCAAGUUUGAGAUGUUAACCUAUGAUGCCAAAAUCCACCACCUUGUUUACUUGAAGGAAAUAUUGCUAGCCAUGGAGGAGCCAUCUACAAUCAAAGAUCAGCUGUAUGAAAAACUGGAGAGUCUGUCCUACAUAUAUGACACUACGAACAGACUGAAGCCUGCCAAAGCGUUCUCCGAUCAAACUGUGAAGGUCUUUGAAGUGAUGCUCCCUGCCAAAGCAUUCAUACCCAACGAUUUCUUCAAAAAGAUUGAGCAAGUGUCCAAGCCAAAAAAUGGGACCUCCUUUCUCACCUCCUGGAUCACAUUUCUGCGCAACAUAGGUCUGAAAUACAACGUGUCACAGGCACAGAUUCUCCAGUUCGCAAAGGAGGUCAGCAUCAAAGCCCCAUCUGAAAAUUGGACCAAGGAAAAGACACAGAGUAUUGUUGAUGUUCUCCUCAAUCAUAUUAUUAAUGAGAGAACCGACCUUUUUGAAGACACUUUUCUCAAGGAGCUCUCCAUGAUUCCAUUCCUAUGUCCAGAGCGCGCGCCUGCAGAACUUGUUCGAUUACACCCUCAGUUUCAAGAAAUGAACAACACCCUUCCUUUGAUUAGAUUCAAUGGGUCCCAAGUCAACCCUAAAUUUAAACAAACAGACAUCAUCCACCUCCUCUGGACGUCUUGUCCAAUUCUCCCCGAGAAAGCAACCCCAGCAAGUAUCAAGGACCAAGAGGGCAGCUCUCUGGCAGCUCAGGAACAGCUUGACCUCGUUCUAACAGCACUAAGUGUAAACUUUGAUCCUCCAUUGGAGAAAGUCAUAAGCAACUGCAAAAACAUAUGCAACAUUUCCAAUGUUGAUGAUGACACAGUGAAAACCAGAAAUAAAGUUCUGAGGUGCACCUAUGAAUUCCUGAACGCAGACAAGAGAGACUUUCGUUAUUUGCUAAGAGGAGUGAGUUUUGUCAUGGUUGAAGAAGGUUGGAAGCUUCUUAAACCAGAAGAAGUUGUCAUUAAUUUAGAAAAUGAGUCAGACUUCAAGCCAUACCUGUACAAACUCCCUCUUGAACUUGGCACCUUUCAUCAGCUUUUUAAAAUGUUGGGCACUGAGGAUGUUGUUUCAACUAAACAGUACAUUGAGGUCCUCUCUCGGAUAUACAGAAAUUCAGAGGGUAAGCGCCUUGACCCUAAUGAAAUGAGAACUGUGAAAAGGGCAGUGUCUGGGCUUUUCAAAAGUCUCCAGAAUGAUCCAGUUGAGAUUCGCAAAGACCUGGACAGCCUCAGAGACUUUACGUUUUACCUACCUAGUCACGACGGCCGCCUCACAAAAUCAAACACUUUGGUGUUCGAUGAUGCCCCGCACUACAAGAGCAGAAUCCAGGGUAAUGUUGGUGUUCAGAUGCUCGUUGAUUUGAGCCAGUGCUACCUGGGUAAAGAUCACGCCUUUCACACUAAGAUGAUCAUGCUGCUCCCACAAAAGCUGAGGCCCAGAUUACUGAGCAGCAUCUUGGAGGAGCAGUUAGACGAAGAGUCGCCCAAAAUGUGCCAGUUUGGUGCCCACUGCUCUCUCCAGGGACGUCUUCAGCUCCUCCUCUCGUCCGAGCAGUUCAUCACAGGACUGAUUAGAAUCAUGAAGCAUGAGAAUGACAACGCGUACAUGGUGAACGAGGAAAAAGCGAUCAGGCUCUGCAAAGCUUUGUGCGAGGGGUUGAAGGUGUCCUGCUUCGAGAAACUGCAGACGACUCUGCGAGUCAAAGGAAGCAGUCCCAUCCCGCACAGUCGCAGUGAAACUCUGGCCUUCCUGAAGAGGUACGGCACAGCUGUCAUUCACCUCUACAUACAACAUUCAGACAGCAAAGAUAUAAACUUUCUCCUGGCCCUGGCUAUGACACUCAAAUCUGCAACAGACAACUUGAUAUCAGACACCUCAUAUCUGAUCGCCAUGCUGGGAUGUAAUGACAUCUACAGAAUCACAGAGAAACUAGACAAUCUUGGUGUGAAGUAUGACUCGACUGAACCCUCGAAACUCGAGCUUCCACUUCCUGGGACACCGAUACCAGCUGAGAUACAUCACAUCCUUCUUAUGGACCCGUUGAAUGUGUUUUAUCCAGGGGAGUAUGUGGGGUACCUUGUAGACUCAGAGGGAGGAGAUAUUUUUGGUUCUUACCAACCAACGUACACAUAUGCAAUUUUAGUUCAAGAGGUAGAGAGAGAAGAGGAUGACAAUCCCAGUUUCCUUGGAAAAUACUUUCAAAUCGACAUCGGCUACAGCGAGUACAAAAUAGUCAGUUCCCUUGACCUGUACAAAUUCUCCAGACAGGACGAAAACACACAUAUCAGAGACGGAGCCCCUUCUACGCCCGGCAGUCCCUCGGAGUCUGCCUCUCACGGACCACGGAUGGUGCCUCCCAUGUUCCCAGGGAAGGAGAAUCACAGAGCUCCUCCUUCAAAAGCAUCUCCCAAAAAGAUCAAACCCAACACUCUACCAGAAAUCCUGAAAGAGGUGACCUCGGUGGUCGAGCAAGCAUGGAAGCUUUCAGAGACUGAGAGGAAGAAGAUCAUCCGACGGCUGUACCUCAAGUGGCACCCGGACAAAAACGCUGAGAAUUUGGACAUCGCCACAGAGGUCUUCAAGCACCUGCAGAACGAAAUCAACAGGCUGGAGAAACAGAGCCAGGCUGACCUCGCUGCGGAGCGGGCCUGUCGUAGACCCUUCUCCACGUCAUCCACUCGCUUCCAAUCGGAGAAGUUUUCAUUUCAAAGAUUCUACACAUCGUGGAACCAGGAAGCCGGAAGCCAUAAGUCAGAGCGGCAGCAGUUUCGGGAGAACUUCACGAGCUACACAGGCUCUACGCACUCCAACCGCUUCUUUGUGCCUCCAACCUUCAAGUCAGUUGGCAACCCUGUGGAAGCUCGCCGGUGGCUCAGGCAGGCGAGAGCCAACUUCUCAGCAGCGAGAAACGACCUACAUAAGAACGCCAAUGAGUGGGUGUGCUUUAAGUGCUACCUGGCUACGAAGUUAGCGUUGAUAGCGGCUGAUUAUUCUGUGCGAGGGAAGUCCGACAAAGACGUGAAACCCACCGCUCUGGCCCAAAAAGUGGAAGAGUACAACACCCAGUUAUCAGGACUGGCUAAAGACGUAAACAUCCUGGAGGGUUACGGAGUGGACAGUCUGAGAACACGCUAUCCCGACCUUCUGCCGUUCCCACAGAUCCCAAACGACAGAUACACUUCUGAGGUGGCGAUGCGGGUGAUGGAAUGUACCGCUCGAAUCAUCAUCAAACUCGAGGCAUUCGUGCAGCAGAAAUUGUAACGCACCUGAAGAUUUUUUAGAGUACAGUUGGGUCGUUUGACCCAUCAGAGCAAAAUGCAAGUAAAAGAAAUGCAUAGAUCUUCAAACUGAAAUAAAGGUUAGCUGUGUGCUGUACGCUGGUAGGUUACACAUGACUAUUCUUAAGUAAAAACAUGUAUCCUUCUGGCAGCUUAGAUGCACAGUUCCAGUCGUGGUACUGUGCUCUCAUGCUUGUUGUAAAUAUCCACGGCUCCAUAUAUAUAAAAAGUGUCUGUUAAGAGACUGGAACUGAUGCAAGGUUGCUUUAACCAUUUGCAAAAAUGAACAAUCUUUCAAAAACUGCAAAUCUGUCUGCAAAAAAGUGUCUGCAAAUCUGCAGUGUACAUACAAUACAAGGCCCAGCAAUACUUAUUGUAUUUUUUUUAACCAGUCCUGUGUUCAGUUGCUGUCAGGAAAAAGAAAAGAAAACAAAGAUGAUGACAAAAUGCUGCUUUUUUACUUUUACCUUUUUGAAAAGUGUAUAUUUUCCUGCCAUAGAUUGUCAAACGAAUAUUUGACGUUUUUAUUCAGCAUGUAUUUGCACCGUUUUAAGGAGCGCUUGUGUGACUGCAUAUGCCUGUGAGGUUCAGGGCCCAUGUGUGGAACAGCUGUUCAUCGCAAUACUUCCCUUCAACCACAGAGUGAACGCGUAACAUACACAUGUAGUCGCUCAUUAAAGGUGCAGCGUAGAGUACUUAGGGGGAUCUAUUAGCAGAUAUGGAAUGUAGUAUUCAUAAUUAUGUUUUCAGCAGUGUAUAAUCACUUGUUGUGUUUCCAUUAACUUAAAAUGAGCUCUUCAUAUUUACAUAGGGAGUGGGUCCUCUUCCAUGGAGGCCGCCAUUUUGCGCCUCCGCAUUUCUACAGUACCAAAACACUGGCCUGUUGCGUGUUUGGUGCAGGUGAUGGCCACUAUAAGUUGUUGUACACGCUUGUAAAGAGAAGGGUUUUUUUGUUGGUUGCAAUUCAGCAACCUCACCACUAGAUACCACUAAAUCCUACCCACUGUACCCUUAAUUCAGACAGGUUGUUAGUUUCAGAUUAUCCUCAUGGGGAGUUAGACUGUGAACUGCACUGAAGAAUGUCAUUUCUUGCUUGUCGAUCUGCUGUAUAUGUUUGGGGGAUGUGUCGAUACUGUUUGUCAUUGUGUGAACACAAAUGCCUGUCUGUCUGCCUGUCUGUUUUUGUCUCUAUUGACCUGUUAGGCAACAAGAAUGUUAUGGAAUGUUUGGAGUAUAGUCUUAGACACUGUUGUACACACUCCCCAGUCAUAACACACACGAGCCCAUCUCUGAGAGAUAUUGAUUUCAUUACCCGUAGACUCAGAAGUCUGAAUGGGUCGAAUGGUAAAUGAAACCUUGAUUGUUCCCAAUGUCGAGAAAUCUCUCAUACUUAGAUGAUAAUUUACUGUGUGUACAGUCUGUUCUCUGAUGCAAAUGUAAAAAUCAAUAUGAUUUUUUGUUGUUGUUGUUGUUGUUCUUGUAUUUAUGAUCUUUUAAGAUUAUACUGUCUUUACUUAGCAGGGGUGAACUACAGGUGACAUUCUUAUGUGGUGCUCUAUAUGUCCUUCAUGGUCUCCUCCUUAUUCAUGUACAAUUACUGGGAAUUCAACUAGGCCAACACUUGGUACAGAUUCUUUAUUGUUUUUUAUUGUUUAUGUGUUUAUGUAAACAUUUGAUUUGAGUCUUUGUCUUUGUUUUCUUAAUUUCAAACCUGUAAACUGUCUCAUUUACAGCGCCAGACAAUUUUGAGAAAUGCAACUCUGGGACGUGCGUUCUGCAUUGUAUAUCAUGUGUUGAAGUACACAGUGCCAUACUGGUAAUAAACCCCCGAGUACCCAA